AUGCUCAUGGAGUACUUAAAAGAACUAGAAUGCAAAAUGAUCCAUGAUUAUCAAAAGAAGGAUAAAAUGGCAACUUCAAUAUUUGUUCAAGGACCAAUUAUAGUUGGAGCUGGUCCAUCAGGAUUAGCAGCAGCAGCAUGUCUUAAACAAAAAGGAAUUCCAAGCUUAAUCCUUGAAAGAGCAAAUUGUUUAGCUUCAAUGUGGCAACUCAAAACCUAUGAUAGAUUAAAGCUUCAUCUUCCAAAACAAUUUUGUCAAUUACCUCUCAUGCCAUUUCCAAAAGGGUUACCAUCAUAUCCAACAAAGCAACAAUUUUUAUCUUACUUAAAAGCUUAUGCUAAUCACUUUGAUAUUAAUCCUAUUUUUGGUAAACAAGUUGUGAAUGCUGAAUUUGAUCAUGUUUGUGGAGUUUGGAGAGUGAAGACUCAAGAAGUUAUUAUGAAAAAGAGUAUUGUUAUUGAAUAUGUUUGUCAAUGGUUGAUUGUUGCUAGUGGUGAAAAUGCUGAGGAAUUUGUGCCUUCAAUUGAAGGAAUGGAACAAUUUCAAGGACCUAUUUUGCAUACUAGUUUGUAUAAAAGUGGUAGCAUGUUUUGUGGGAAGAAUGUUUUGGUGGUGGGGUGUGGAAAUUCAGGCAUGGAGGUGUGUUUAGAUCUUUGCAACCAUAAUGCUCAUCCUUCCUUAGUUGUUAGAGAUACGGUACAUAUCUUGCCACAACAAAUAUUUGGAAAAUCAACAUUUGGUUUAUCUAUGUGGUUGCUUAAAUGGUUCUCAGUACAUUUUGUGGAUCAAUUUUUACUUAUAAUGUCACAUCUUAUACUUGGUGACACAUCUCAAUAUGGAAUUCAAAGACCAAAAAUUGGUCCUUUAGAGCUUAAGAAUUUGUAUGGGAAAACACCAGUUUUAGAUGUUGGGACAGUAGCUCAAAUCAAAACUGGCAAAAUUCAGGUUUGCAAGGGAGUUAAACGACUAGCACAUAAUGCAGUGGAAUUUGUUGAUGGAAAAGUAGAGAACAUUGAUGCAAUCGUUCUAGCUACUGGUUACAAAAGCAAUGUACCCUCUUGGUUAAAGGGAAGUGACAUGUUUAGUGAGAAAGAUGGUUUACCAAGGAAACCAUUCCCAAAUGGAUGGAAAGGUGAAAAAGGAUUAUAUGCUGUUGGUUUCACCAAACGUGGCUUACUUGGUUCAUCCAUCGAUGCAAAGAGGAUUGCUGAAGAUAUUGAACAUAGCUGGAAAGCUCUUAAGGCCAAGCCACUUGCAUGA